CUAAAAAUGUCUGUUGUUAAUUUUCUCACUCACGGUGAACGGGAAAAAUUGGAUCAGUUUAUGGAAAUCGUAAACAUUCAUGAUGAGGAAGUUGCAAUGGUAUCAAUGACAAACGCCGAUUGGAAUCUGGAACGCGCAAUUGGAACUCAUUUAGCGUUAGGAUCAGAAGGAGAUAUUUAUGCAGGAGGCUCACCAUUGGAUCCAGUUGACAAUCAACGAGGUAGCAGGGAUGAUUUCGGUAAUGACGAGUACGACAACAAUGGGAUUGGUGGAACAGCCAACAUAUUGAAUGAUGAAGUUGGAGAGUCGAGUACGCUCUAUCAAGUUGCACCGCCACUCAUGAUGCCACACCAUUCUCAGCCGAUUCCAGAUGCAUUGAAAUGUUAUACUGAUAAUUUUAACACAAGGUAUCAAAUUGGAAGCACUGUGAUGCCAAAAUUCUAUACGGAUACUUUGCGGAAUGCUGUGAAAGAAGCAUUUGACCAAGAAAACCCGAUUCUAUGCCGUCCCUUGGCUUUCUUUAUCAACAAUGAAAAUAGUUCAAAUACAAGAAAUUUUGUAACCAAUGUUUUGUGCAACGAGCUUGUCACCAGUUAUCUUGCAACUAAGUAUAUUUUGUACCCCUGGGAUGUGACCGAACCAAGAAACUUGGAUCGAUUUCUGCGAAUUUUGACUGAUUCAAACAUGUCGUCAAUGCAUUACAAUCUCAAGAGUUUCAAUGAAUCUGAGUCUCAUCGUUUUCCAUACAUCGCAAUUGUUUUAAGAAAAGGAAACUGGUUUGAAGUUAUACGAGAAGUUAACGGUACCAGUGACUUGAAUGAAGUUGUGAAUGCUCUGUAUGAAGGGUUCGAAGAACUUCAAGAAGAAAAACUGCGUGUUUUGAGUAAACAGGUGGAGCGAAAAACAAAACAAGCAAAAGUGGAAGAAGAAAGGAAACUUAUAGAUCAGCAGAACGAGGUUUAUUAUAAGAACUUGAAAAUUGAUACUGAUAAUUUGAAUAAGAAACGGAUAGCAGCGAAAUCAGAAAUCGAAACAACAAGACCGGAAACUAAACCGAAAAUUACCCCAAUGAAAGUCAUAAGCGUUACACCUCAGAACCUACCAGAAGAACCAAAUGUUUCCGAAACAAAUAUUGUCACAGUGAAGUUCCGGUUGCCAAAAGGGAUCCAGGUGAUUGGCAAAAUUUUUAAAUAA